AUCCCCUUCCAGGCGAGGCGCUAUAGGCCCGAGCCAGCCCCGCCCGCCCGCCUUUCUCUCUCGCUUCUCCUCCUUCAGGCACACUUCUCUCCUCUCCUCUCCUCCUGGACAUGCUCAGCCCUGCUCUGGAUCUCUUCGCCAUGGAGGCCCCGAAGAAGGAGCGCCAGCUCGACCAGGACCGCCAUGACAGCGGCCUGGACUCUAUGAAGGAUGAGGAGUAUGAAGAUCUGGUUCGGGAGCUGGAAGGCAUCCGUUUGCAGCCGGUUCUCCCCGACGUGGCGGCUCCUCAGGCGGCUUGGAAGCAGCAAGUGACCGAAGAUGGAGAUACAUUUCUCCAUCUGGCAAUUAUUCACGAGGAAAAGUCCCUGAGUUUGGAAAUCAUUCGCCAAGCAGAACGAGACACGGCUUUCCUGAAUUUCCAGAAUAACCUCAAUCAGACUCCACUCCACUUGGCUGUGAUCACAGACCAGCCAGAGAUCGCGGAGACUCUCCUGAAAGUCGGAUGUGACCCAGAGAUCAGAGAUUUCCGAGGAAACACUCCUCUGCACAUUGCUUGUGAGCGGGGCUCUCUCAGCAGCGUCGGUGUCCUCACACAGUAUUGUCAGAAGCAAGUCUGCUCCCUCCUACAGUCAUCCAACUACAAUGGCCACACUUGCCUUCACUUGGCUUCUAUUCAAGGUUAUCUGGCCAUUGUGGAAUACCUCUUGUCUUUGGGAGCAGAUGUCAACGCUCAGGAACCAUGCAAUGGUAGGACUGCCUUGCAUUUGGCUGUUGAUCUUCAGAACCAAGACCUGGUGACGCUCCUUUUGAACCACGGAGCAGAUGUGAACAGAGUCACCUACCAGGGCUACUCGCCUUACCAGCUCACUUGGGGAAGGAGCAACUCCUCCAUACAGGAAAAGCUGAGACAGUUUACCACAUUGGACUUGCAGAUGCUGCCAGAAAGUGAAGACGAAGAGAGCUGCGAAUCAGACUCAGAGUUCACAGAAGAUGAACUUCUGUAUGACGACUGUGUUAUCGGUGGACGGCAUGUGCCUUGCUGAAUGUAGAAACUUGCAGAAAGAACAAGGGGACAAAAUGAACAAUUACAAAACUGCACUGCACUGCGCUCUGUUAAAGUGGCAGGUGCUACACAGAGUCCAAUACACUGUUUGGGCAUGAAUGAGUUUGGGUUGUCACACACCGGAAGAUGUCAAGGCCCUUUGAACGUAGGAGUGGAUUGUCCAAAUAACGAAGCAGAAGACAAGAAUUGGAAGGCGUGCUGCCGUAGGCACUGCAUGCGCUGAAAAGGGGGCUGCUCAGAUCCACCAUCCAUUGUGUUCCUUUGGAAAGCAUUCCAUAUAUUUCUGGCCCAUCCUCUUUUCCAAGGACUGAAUUUAGGAGCUCAGUGCCGAACAGUAGAUAGGCACAUUGCAGCCCCAGUGGACGGCUGCUUGUACAUCCACAAGGAGAAUGUCAGAAAACACAAGAGACUCUAUAUUGCAAGCACUUGUGUUGGCAACGUGUAUAUGCUGUAUAUUUUGUGAAUAAUUUUUUUUGCUACUUGAUAAAUGUAUAUUUAUUAAAAAACGUAUUAAGAAAUGAA